AUGGGCCGAGUCCCGGUCGGCGAAUUGAGCAGAUACCUCCUUGGUGGAAGACUUUCUACGAAUGGCUGCUUGACAGCUUUCCGUCGUACGCCCCGAAGCCGCCUGGUUGGACCAGCACCGCCUGCCCUCCGUCCAGUCAGGGCUUUCCACGCCGCCAAAGAACAACCCGAGCCAACACACCAGCAGGUACAAACGCCUUUGGCGGUGCCGCUCCGGAAGAAGUUGAAGGAUGAGGCGAAGCAGGCACGCAAGCAGGGGAAGAAGAAAUCCAACGCUGAUUCUCAGACCGUAGAGGGCUGGGAACUGACGGUCGGCAUCGAGAUCCACGCCCAGCUAAACACACCACGCAAGCUAUUCUCGCCCGCAACUACCUCGUUCAAUGAUGACCCGAAUAGCCAUGUUGCAUUGUUCGAUGUGGCGAUGCCCGGUAGCCAGCCUAUUUUCCAAACGGGAACGUUGAUCCCUGCGCUUCGAGCAGCGCUUUCAUUGAAUUGUGAAAUUCAACCCGUUAGUCGCUUUGAUCGGAAACAUUAUUUCUGGUGGGAUCAGCCUUCCGGGUACCAAAUCACACAGUACUAUCAGCCUUUCGCGAAAAAUGGACACAUCACACUGUUGGCUAGAGAUGGAAUUGCACCAGAGGAUGGAAAGAGUGUUACUAUUGGCAUCAAGCAGGUCCAAAUGGAGCAGGAUACGGCCAAGACACUAGCACACAAUGAUAACACACAAUGGCUUGAUUUCAAUCGCGUUGGCGCACCGCUGAUUGAGAUCAUCACGGAGCCAGAACUACACCACCCCCGAACUGCUGCCGUCCUUGUCCGCAAGAUCCAGCUCCUGCUCAGCACGGUUGACGCCUGUGUCUCCGGGAUGGAGACCGGCGGCCUGAGAGCGGAUGUUAACGUGUCUGUGAGACGCACCGACGACCCAAGCCAAACAUUGGGAACCCGGACUGAAAUCAAGAAUCUGAGCACGAUCAAGGCGGUGGAAGAUGCCAUCAUUGCUGAACGGGACCGCCAGAUACGGGAGCUCGAUGCUGGUAGACAAAUAUCCAGUGAGACCCGUGGAUGGUCGAUCGGCUCCACAGAGACUAGGAGGCUACGUGGAAAAGAAGGCGAGGUUGAUUAUCGGUACAUGCCGGAUCCUGACAUUGCACCCCUGGUUAUUGGGAGCGACCUCAUAGCGCAUCUCAAACAGUCGCUUCCCGUCACCCCAGACACAGAGCUCGACAAACUCAUCUCCUAUUUUGGCCUCACACCUAAAGAUGCUCUAUCCCUAAUCAACAUUGACAACGGCGCCCGGGUCGAAUAUUUCUACAGGGUCUUGUAUUCGGUCCAAGAUAUGAUUGCCGCGGACGAUCUUGAUGGCGAGGGCGCCGAUGUCAAGACGUAUGCUGCGUUGGUGGGAAACUGGACGCUUCACGAGCUUGGCCGCUUGACCACUUCGAAAGCCGGUCCUCAUGGCACGGUUGAUUUGACUUUCACCCCGGAUGGCGACUGUGCUCAAGUGCCUGAUGCUGAGCUGUCUCAGCUGCUUUAUCAUCUCUAUCGUAAGCAUAUCACAGGAAAAGUAGCAAAGGAGCUGCUCAUGGCACUGUAUCUGGGCGAGCUUGAGGAUGGCGUCCGGAGCGCAAUCGAUAUGCAUGAUCUUUGGUUCAAGGAGUAUUCUCUAGAAGAGUAUGAGGCCCUAGCAGAUGAGGUCCUAGAAGGCGAGGACAAGGUGUUACAAGAGUUUGCCACCAGUGCGAAAUUCCCGCAGGGCAAGCUCAUGUUCUUGCUUGGAAAGAUGAUGCGUGCAGGACAGACGGAGCGCAUCGACCCGGCUAACGCACAGAAGGUCAUGAGAACCCGGAUAGAAAGUCUGCUUCCUUCAGCAGCAUAG